AUGGGAUUAGAAAAUGGCCAGCGAGGUUUGAUUUACAACACAUUUUGCGACAUAUUUGAUCGAUUGGCUAAAUUGCCCCCAAAUGAUAUUACAUAUAAAGUUAAAGUGACUUUUAUUGAAGUCUAUGGUAACGAUCUGUACGAUCUUUUUGACAAAAAUCCUGUUAAAGUUCCUAUAGCUUUUCCUAUUAUCGAGGAUAAAAAUCACUUCAUGCAGUUACGAGGAUUGACAGAACACAUUGUUACUAAUUUAGAUCAGGCCGUACAACUUACUCAAAACGGCAUAUCUAAAAGGGUAACAUACUCUCACCAACUUAACGCGUAUUCCUCUCGCAGUCAUGCCAUUUUCAAUAUAUAUUUGGAAUCGACAACCACCUGUCAAACUAAAUUGGCGAAACUAACUUUAAUUGAUCUCGCCGGAAGUGAACGCGUCAAGCGUACUAAAAGCUUAGGAAAAAAUUUCAGAGAAGGUAUCUAUAUAAAUCAAAGUUUAUUGGCUUUGGCCAAGGUUAUUAAACUGAAGAGUUCGAAUCAAAACAAUGUACAUGUUCCGUAUCGAUCUUCCAAAUUAACGCGACUCUUGCAAGAUACGUUAGAUGGCCGCAGCAAACUUAGCUUUAUAGCUUGUAUAGACUGCAGAAUUGAUAAUUUGGGCGAAUCUUUAAACACUUUUCGCUAUGCAAAUCAAAUGCGCAACAUCAAAUGCGAUGAUUUGAAAUCUCGAGCAGUGAUAGUCGAUACGGCUGAAAUCAAUCGUAAUUCACAAUUUAAACACAUGGGCAAAAACUAUGAUGACGUGCUGAAAGAACUUAGCUUCUACAAACAAAAAUAUUUUGACUUGAAGAAUAUGACAAGUAUAGCUUUGAAACAAAAAAAUCUCAAAUCGUCACUUACAUUAACCAAUUAUUAG